UAUCACUGCGCCAACAUGUUCUAACCAUAUACACUCGACUGUAAGCACAUCUUAGGCAGAAACAGAAAACUCUCCGCGCAGUAAUUCCCAGCUCUCGCAUUGUAGUUCUUGAACUUGGGUCGGACCAAUCACAAAGAGCUUGUCGUCGUCGUCGUCGUCGUCGUGAUUCAGCUGCAAGAGCCACGGUCUUGAAAACGCCAAAAUCAUGACGCCUACCCCUGAAGAAAUUGUCAAAGAAUAUUAUGACGACCCCGCCCUGGUAGUGCGCGUCGCGCAUCGGGCCAUCCCCAGUAAGAUGGAGAUAGUCGAACCCAAUCCCGCCUGGCCGCAGACCUUCGCGACGCUCAAAGCCCUCAUCGUCGAAGCCCUUGGCGCCACCGCCAUCGUCGUCGAGCACACAGGGUCCACGAGCGUCCCCGGUCUGCCGGCCAAGGAUGUCAUCGACAUCGACCUCAUAGUGCCGGAUCCUACGGACGAGGCCGCCUAUGUUGCGCGCCUCGAGGCUGCGGGCUUCCACUUCCUCCUGCGCGAGCCUGCCUGGCACCAGCACCGCUUCUUCUGCCGCUACGAGCCCCUCGCCAACCUGCAUGUCUUCGGCCCGGACGCUGUCGAGCCGGUCCGCCACAGGAUCUUUCGCGACUGGCUGCGGAGCCAUCCGGACGACAAGGAACUGUACGCCGAGAUUAAGAGGGGGGCUAUGAGGGAGUCGAGCCAGUCGGGCGAGGACAUGAUGCAAUACACCGGGAGGAAGGACGCUGUCGUCCGCGGAAUCCUGCAGAAGGCGUUUCGCAGCUUGGGGUACAUUGAUUGAGGCGAAGAGACCGUGUUGCGGAAAGACUACUAUGCGCAGCAUGAAAUAUCAGAUAACGAAGGGUAUCGUGAUGAAGAGACGAAUUCCAGACUGACUAGGUAAUAUUUAGCACAUUUCGAACAUAUUCAUACUGCAGGAAGAGUAUAAAAUUGAACUUUAUUAGAUUUGGACACUAUUAUCUUCUAAAUAGCUAAAGAGAAAACAAAAUUGAAGAGUGGAAAGAAGGAGAAAAGAUAGACAUACUCUUUUCUAUAGGUAUUUCCAUAUAGGGUUAAUUGUUGACUUAAUGAGCGCAAUUUUAUAGACAAACCAAGCAUUAUAUAG